AUGGCUUUCCAAUCACACAUUCAACUUUCUUGUCUCUCAAUUAUCACAUUUUACAUUCUUCUCGCAACUCCUUAUGCAACUGCACUAAACUUUAACAUCGCCAAAAUUGGUCCCAAAAAUCGCAACGACAUAACCACCAAUGGAGACGCUUACAUCUCCUCCGAAGGCAUCCACCUCGCGGCGAAUAAGCACGAUACCAACUUCGAGCAGAAAGCCGGCAAAGCCACCUACGUCAAACCACUUCACCUUUGGGACAAAGUUUCUGGCAAGUUGACCGACUUCACCACCAAUUUCACCUUCGUGAUUGAUUCGAAAGGAAGUUCAAGUUUUGCAGAUGGGCUUGCAUUCGUCCUUCAACAUUCCGGUGCCAGCACCACUGCUGGCGGUGCCAUUGGGCUCCCAAUCAACCCAUCGACAUUGGAACCCACUAGCCAAUUUGUCGCGGUAGAGUUGAUACCUAUCAGAAUACUUGGGAUCCACAAAACAUCACUCCUGUUACUCAUAUUGGUAUCAAUAUCAACUCUAUUAAGUCUAAUGUGA